AUGUAUAUCUUUGGUUUUUUUUUUAUUUCAGAUAAACAUGUACGUCAAAGCACAUUAGACAAGCUUUGGAACAAGCAAUCGGGCGCCAUUCAAAUGCUACUUUCCAUAUUAGAAAGCACCAGAGACACGGCCACAUCUACUUACAUCACUUCAAUAUUAAGAGAAACUCUGUGCUUGAAACAGGGUAAAGGAAAAAAAUGUUCAGGUAUUUGA